UUUUAUAAUUACUUUUUUAUUUCACGCAUACAUUAUUUUCCGAACACAAUCUCAACUCGUGCAUAUUUAAUACAUGUAAUAAAAUGCGUAUAAAAAUUCGUAGAAGUAGAAAUAAUGAUUACAGAACUGCAGUCUACGUUUGCACUCUACAGUAUAAGAAAGAAUUAUAUUAUUACGUAGUUCAUGUUCGAUCCUGUCCAGUCCUGUCCUCGUGAUCUCGUGUUUAAUUUGAAAAUGUUUCAGUUGGUUUCAGUCUUCAGUUGAUUGCAGUUGAUUGUUCUGAAUCUUUCUGACCAUUCUUCUGAGAAGAGGAGUUCUGUAAUUUCAAGCUCCAAGCACCAUCGUCGUUUAAAGGAAUCCGAUGUUAUCUCGGAUCCUAAUUGUCUCGAAUUGUGCUGUAUAAAAAUUGACAAAGGUAUCUGGAUAAAGAUGGAUAGCUCGAACAAUGAGUCGUGCGAUUCGUACGUUAUAUCUGACAGUGAGGAAGAGGAUAUCACCGAGAUCCAUGGCGAGGACAAAGGAAGUAACGCAGUUAUUAUUAUUGAUAGUACUGAUACUUCAGGAACAACAACACCAGCAGAAAAUCUAUCGAAAGGAAAACUAUUGCUCACAGAGGAAGAUAUCAAACGUAGAAUUAAGGAACAGAUUCCUUCUUUCUCUGAUGAGGACAAUACAGAUGAUGAAAUUGAUAAUAAGUCAAAACGUUUUGCUAGUGACUCUUCUGUAUCAGGUGGAUCAUCUGAAUCGGAUAAUAGCAGCUUAGUUGAUGCCCAUAUGAGUGAAGCUCAUGAAGACAAUGCACUACAUACAGUAAAAGCAUUUUUAAAGAAAGAAACUAUUAAGUAUCGCGAUUAUGAAGAAGACAGUGAUUCAAUGGAAUCAAGUAUAACUAUAAAUUCAAUUGAAGAGAACGAUAAUAAUUCGCGAGCUGAUUACGACAUCCUUUCAGUAUCCUUGGCGCAAGAGGAAGUAGGUGAUAACAACAUAGACCCAGUGACUGCACAAAAGAGAGCUUUCCUUGCUUGUAGAAAAGAGAGAUUACAGAAAGAUUUAAGAGAUGCAAAGCUCUUGCUCUCUGCUAGUAAUAUUGAUUUACUGCCAGACAAAGGAGAAAAGGUGCGCAGAUGUAUUGCUGAACAGGAAAAGGAAUUGGAGGACGUAAUGACUGAAUUAAAAAACACACCGUUAGUCCGCCUCAGGUCCAAUUCGCACACACCCAAUUCGCAUACAUCCAAUUCGCUGGGUGCUAAAAUAUUUGGAAAGACCAGUAUAUCGACGGAAGAAUCAGAGAAGGAUAUGGAAGCUUUAGAAUCGAUUAAUGAUAGGCUGCAGGAUUUGCAUGGUUCUCUCGAGACCAGGCCAAGCGAAGACGAAAAGGCGCGGGAUCCGGUAGGCUUAAUAGUAAAACUGAUGCCACAUCAACAACACGCAUUGGCAUGGUUGCUGUGGCGGGAGCAGCAAAGGCCUUCCGGUGGUAUUCUCGCUGAUGAUAUGGGUCUCGGGAAAACCUUGACAAUGAUAUCACUGAUCAUAGCCAGCAAUGCGAAAAAUCUAGACGAAUGGAAAGACGAUUACCAGAGAACAGAUCGACCAGUGCGACAUAAAGGAGGGACACUUGUGGUUUGCCCCGCAUCUUUAUUAGAUCAAUGGGAAAAUGAAAUACGUAACAGAUGCAAGCGUGACACGCUGAAGGUCACGAUUCACCAUGGUACGAAGCGAGCAACAGCGGCUAAAAUAUUGUCGAGAAACGAUGUAGUGAUAACCACGUAUAACAUCCUGGCCCGCGAACACGGUAACGGUACUACAUUUUUAAUCGAUUGGGAGCGUAUAAUACUCGACGAGGCGCACAUAAUUCGCAAUCAUAAAACUAAAGCUUCCGAAGCCGUGUGCGAUAUUUCGGCUAGGAAGCGUUGGGCCCUCACGGGUACGCCUAUUCAUAAUAAAAUGAUGGAUUUAUAUUCUAUAAUGAAAUUCCUCAAGUGUUCACCAUUCGAUAAUAUACGAGUGUGGAAGCGUUGGGUAGAGAAAAAAGAUGCUAUUAGUAACCAACGGUUGGGUACUGUGAUGAGAAGCUUAAUGUUGCGCAGGACGAAAGAUGAACUACAAGCUAAGGGUGAGAUGAAAUCACUGCCACAGAAAUCUUUAGAAGAGAUAUCAGUCACGUUGGAUCUUCCGGAACAGUUAGUAUAUAAGAAAGUGUUGAUCUAUUCUCGUACAUUGUUUGCUCAAUUUCUGGCUCAAAGAAGCGAGAGGGCUGGCAUGGAUUACUGGUCUUCUAAGCAACAUAAAAAUAUUAAAUUUACAAGAACUGAGAACCUACUAUUAUCCGCACAUGCUGAUGUUAAAACGCAUGAGAUCUUGGUGCUCUUGUUAAGACUGCGUCAAAUUUGUGUGCACCCAUGGCUUAUUAAUUCCAUGCUGGACGAAGAAGACAUGCAAGCAGGCGGAAUGGCCGAUGCGGAUAAUUUAGAUCCACGUUUGUUGUCGCAGAUAAACAAAAUAAACCUGCACGAUAGCGUGGAGAUGGCGGACAUAGAAGACGAAACUGUUGUUGAUCAAAGGCUAGCUGCCAACUUAUUGACGUCUGCCAAUCCAGUCUUCAAUGCUGAUCGUUUGAGUUCCAAAAUGAGGAUGGUGUUCGAUAAAAUUCAGGAGAUCUUACAAAAAGGAGAUAAAAUAGUGGUUGUGUCCCAAUGGACGAGCACGUUGGAACUUAUCGCGAGUAAAUUAGAUGUGAUUAAGGGUGCUACUUAUAGUAUGUUCACGGGCAAAUUGAAAAUCAAGGACAGACAGGGAGUGGUAGAUUCGUUCAAUCAACCAACAAACGAUCCGAAAAUAUUGUUGCUUUCGCUUACUGCCGGUGGUGUUGGGUUAAACUUGAUAGGCGGUAACCAUCUGCUGUUGGUGGAUAUUCAUUGGAAUCCGCAGUUGGAAGUGCAAGCUCAAGAUCGGGUAUAUCGCUAUGGGCAGACAAAGGACGUUCACAUCUACAAGUUCAUCUGCAAGGAUACGAUAGAAGAGAAUAUAAAAUCUCUGCAGGAAUCGAAGUUGCAGUUGGCUCAAAACGCCCUGACCGGUGAUAAGACUAUCGCUUCGAAACUCACGUUAACUGAUCUUAAAACGAUCUUCGGCCUUUAAAAGAUACAGUACCAGAUAUAUAUAUAUAUAUAAAAUAGAAGAGAUAAGUUUAUUUAUUAAAGAGUCGUUAAUAAUACUAAUAUAGUAACA